GCUGGUGGUGUCAAUGCGCCCGCCGUGUCCAUGGAGAGAGGCUGAGGUGGCCGAGCUCCGGCCCGAGGCAGCGGGGCGCCGGGACGGCGAGGAUGUCGGCUUCGUUAGUCCGGGCCACCGUCCGGGCUGUGAGCAAGAGGAAGGUGCAGGCCACCCGGGCCGCCCUCACCCUGCUUCUGCUACAAGGAAUAGAAACCCCUAUGGCUUUGGAUAAAGUAAAAACACCUUCAGCAGUAAACAAGAUAAAACAGCUUCUUAAAGAUAAGCCUGAACACGUUGGUGUGAAAGUUGGUGUCCGAACCAGGGGUUGUAAUGGCCUUUCCUACACUCUAGAAUAUACAAAGACAAAAGGAGACUCUGAUGAAGAAGUUGUUCAAGAUGGAGUCAGAGUGUUCAUCGAGAAGAAAGCACAGCUGACACUUUUAGGAACAGAAAUGGACUAUGUUGAAGACAAAUUAUCCAAUGAGUUUGUGUUCAAUAACCCAAACAUCAAAGGAACGUGUGGCUGUGGAGAAAGCUUUAAUAUUUGACUCCUCAGGACUGCUUGGGCUGUAGGCCCCAGGAGAGCUUUGGAAGCUCUAGGGCUUAUUGAAGAAAUCAUGUGACUGUCACAUGCUUGAGGUUUGUAAUGUAUGGCUGCCUUACAAGAAAAAUAAAGUGAUGCAUUUGAAAAUGAAGCCAGUGUGUUAGUUUCCAGAAGAAUUGAUACUUGUGUUCUUUAUAGGGGACAGAAAAUGAGAGUCCAUCGCUCUCUUUGGGUCAUCUUUCUGGUCUGUAAAGAAAAAAAUUUUUACCCUGCAAUUCAAUUCUCCUUCCUGCAUCCUUUCUGUUAGAACUAGUUUCAUGGAAGUUGCCUUCCUGGGAGGAUUUCAGAAAACAUACUCUUAACAGGUGUGCACUGUAGAUCUUUUGAAAGCCUUGAAUGUACAUCUCCCAAUAAGAUUGAUGGCUUUUAAAAUUCAGAGGCAGGAAGUCUUGACUGCUGGUAUGAUGUGGUGGUGCAUUGUUUUUCCACCCAAACUUGGCACAGCGUUUCUCUGUUUUUAUCCAAAAUUUCCUUGUUAACGAUACCUCAUUUGCUUACCCUGUAGCAUCCCCAGCCAUUAGAUUAAAGUAAUGGACAAAGAUUUCCUUGAACUGUAGUGCAGAAUAGUUCGGUAAAUACUUCACGCACCUGAUUUUAAAUCCAUUUCUUUUGCCACCCUAAAUGCUCAGAGAUGGGAUGUCAAACUGACUUAGAUCCUUUUAGUUCGAAGGCCUCUUAAAAGCCAUCUAGCCC